AGUUCGAGCCAGAAUGGAUAUGUGUCGUUAGUGCGCCAGGAAAUUUUAGCGUUAUAGGAAAAGGCCGGUAUGGCGCCUCUCAAGAGUUUGACUUGUGCUUGGUUGUUCCCAGUUGUUCCUCUCUAACUGGAGUAAGCCGCAAGUUGAACUAGGAAUUGGUUUACAUUAAUAGAGACGAAUAAGAUUUUAAUACUAUAAAAUCCGAUAUUUUUUAAUUAUUUAUUAUCGUGCAAGUUGUACAUCUUUUAAUUGUACGCGUGAUUUGUUGUUAUUCUGCGUUCCAAGAUUGGAAGCAAGAAGCGCUGAUAUAACCUAUAUCUUCCAAAAUGAGCAAGUACAGGCGGGAAGAAACCUCGAGCGAGGAUACAGACAGCGAAGAAGAACGUCGCAAAAAGGAUAUUAAGGAGAGAGAUAGUUUUGCCAGUCGUCUCAAGGAAAAAGAUGAAAGCAAAAAGCGCAACGUUGCCAUGCCUGCUGGUUCUGGAGCUGCUGAAGCAGCAAAGAGACUUAAAAUUAUGGAGAUUGAUACAAAAGAUAAGCUGAUACCCAAAUUGAGAACUGAGUCUCGUAGGAAGUACCUGGAGAAACGUAAAGAGGACAAAGUUGCUGAGUUAGAGGCCGAUAUCCUUGACGAUGAAUAUCUCUUUGAUGAAAACAUGUUAACAGAAAGAGAAAAGCAAGAGAGAGCACAUAAGAAGCAGCUACUGCACUUGGCAAAGGAACAUGAGAAAGCAAGAGAACUUGAGCGUAUGCAGCGCUAUCAUAUGCCCCUUGAAAAGGGUAAGAUGGAACCGGAACCAGAUACGACAGUGGAUAAGGAACCACCACAAUCAGAACAGAGCAAAUGGGAAUCAGAUCAAAUGUCGUCAGCUGUUUUUCGUUUUGGCGCCAAAGAUAGAAAAGCUCAACAAGAAUAUAAUCUUCUCAUGGAGGAUGAGAUGAUAGAUUUUGUUCAAGUGUUGCAUAUGCCUGGGUAUGAAGAUGAGAAACGCAAGGAAAGUCCUCCCGCGCAUGUUAAAAGUUUGCAAACGAUACAAGAGACGAAAAAGAGUCUGCCUAUUUAUCCUUUCAAAGGGGAUUUAAUACGAGCUAUCAAAAAACAUCAGGUUUUGAUAAUAGAGGGUGAAACGGGAUCAGGGAAGACGACGCAAAUUCCACAAUAUCUGUACGAAUUUGGAUUUGCGGACAACGAUAAGAUUAUCGGAUGCACACAGCCGCGGCGAGUUGCGGCCAUGUCAGUGGCUGCGAGAGUAGCCCACGAAAUGGCUGUUAAGCUGGGCAACGAGGUUGGCUACGCUAUUCGUUUCGAAGAUUGCACAUCUCAACGUACUCGUAUCAAAUAUAUGACUGAUGGUACAUUGCAUCGAGAGUUUCUCAGUGAACCCGAUCUAGCAUCUUACAGCGUAAUGAUAAUCGACGAAGCGCACGAACGUACAUUACAUACUGAUAUUUUAUUUGGACUGGUGAAAGAUAUUGCGAGGUUUCGUCCCGAUUUGAAGCUGUUAAUAUCAUCAGCUACACUGGAUGCUACGAAAUUCAGUGAAUUCUUUGAUGAUGCUCCUAUAUUCAGAAUUCCCGGACGUCGUUUUCCCGUUGAUAUUUAUUAUACAAAAGCGCCAGAAUCAGAUUAUAUUGAAGCAUGUGUAGUUUCUAUUAUCCAAAUUCACGUAACGCAGCCGUCGGGUGAUAUAUUAGUAUUUUUGACUGGGCAAGAAGAGAUCGAGACGUGUCAGGAAAUGCUGCAGGAAAGAGUGAGAAGAUUAGGGAGUAAAUUGGCAGAACUUUUGAUUUUACCUGUUUAUGCAAAUCUACCGAGUGAUAUGCAGGUAAAAAUAUUUCAACCGACUCCACCUGGUGCGAGAAAGGUUGUACUAGCGACUAAUAUUGCGGAGACUUCAUUGACUAUAGACAACAUAGUAUAUGUAAUAGAUCCUGGUUAUGCGAAACAGAACAACUUCAAUCCACGCACCGGCAUGGAAAGUUUGAUAGUCGUGCCAAUCAGUAAAGCAUCCGCGAAUCAAAGGGCGGGUCGCGCGGGAAGAGUAGCACCUGGAAAGUGUUUUCGUUUAUACACAGCUUGGGCUUAUCAGCAUGAGCUUGAAGAUAACACUGUACCCGAAAUUCAACGGAUUAAUUUGGGUAACGCAGUGCUUACUUUGAAAGCUCUCGGGAUCGAUGAUCUGAUGCAUUUCGAUUUCUUGGAUCCUCCACCGCCCGAAACGCUAAUCUUGGCGAUGGAACAGUUAUACGCACUGGGCGCGCUAAAUCAUCGCGGAGAAUUAACUAAACUUGGUCGUAGAAUGGCCGAGUUUCCGCUAGAUCCGAUGAUGGCAAAGAUGCUGUUAGCAAGCGAGAAGUAUCGCUGCUCAGAAGAAGUGGCUACCAUCGCGGCCAUGCUUUCAGUGAACGGUGCUAUUUUUUAUCGACCAAAGGAUAAAAUUAUACACGCGGAUGCUGCACGCAAGAAUUUUCAUGUACCCGGCGGUGAUCAUCUUACUCUUCUCAAUGUAUAUAAUCAAUGGGCACAGAGCGAUUUUAGUACACAUUGGUGUUACGAGAAUUUCAUACAGCACAGAUCUAUGAAACGAGCGAGGGACGUUAGAGAACAAUUGGUAGGCCUGAUGCAGCGUGUAGAAAUGGAAUUGGUUUCGGGAAUUACAGAAACAGUCAAUAUUAGAAAGGCUAUUACAGCUGGAUAUUUCUACCAUGUCGCACGCUUGUCGAAGGGAGGUUGUUACAAAACUGCAAAGCAUAAUCAACAAGUCGCGAUACAUCCAAAUAGUUCCCUGUUUCAGGAUCUUCCGCGUUGGCUUCUUUAUCACGAACUUGUCCUCACUACCAAGGAAUUUAUGCGUCAAGUGACAGAAAUUGAAAGCAAAUGGCUGCUCGAAGUGGCGCCUCAUUAUUAUAAGCCUAAAGAAGUAGAAGACUCAACGAACAAAAAGAUGCCAAAAGUUGCAGGCAGAUCACGACCAGAUGGAACGAACUAAAUAUAAUUUUGUACUAUCUCUUAACUGUGAUAUUAAAUUAUAUUUUUUGUAUAUAAAUGUUUUUAUACAAUGUAUAAAUACAAAAAAAAAUAAAUACCAUUUUCCGAUAGGUUUAUUACGUUUAAUGGA